AUAUAAAUAUAUAUAUAUAUCAACAAGAGGUGUAUUAAUCAUUAUCUCCUUCUCAUUCAUCACUAAGUAAACAAAUAUAUAAUGAUUAUCUUCCUAAAAUUCAGCUUUUAAAACAUACUGAAACAGAAUAAUGUGAACCUCUUUUGUUCUGAUAGACUGAGUUAUGAAAACUAAAGGCAAAGAUUAUAGAGGUUGAUGUCAGCUUUUGCUUAAAGAACAAAUACAAUCAGAAGAACAUUACUACAAGGAAACUAGCAUUUUACCUUUUGGACAAGAAUACCCUUUUUAUGAUAUAUAUACAUGUAUGUAUAUAUGCAUUUGUAUGAUGCAUGUCCAUGUCUACUGUCUAGGAAGAUACUUAACCCAUAACAACAGGGACAUAUAAAUAUACACAUAUGAAAGUUGAAACCUAGAUGGAGUAACAUUUUCAAUAAAAAGUAAUUGUAUUAUUAUUUUCUUUAAUGUAAAAAGGUAGCCAAGGUCAUUCUUGGGAUUAAGAAAAAAGGGUUUUUGAUGAAACUUGUAUUAAUAAACAGCUGAUGUUUCAUUCUUCUGACAAAGCAACCAGAGAGAGCAUAUAAAGGUUUUGCUGUAUUCAGAGAGGAAGCAACUGGGAUUUUUUAGAAUUGAUCUCAUUGAUCUUGAUCAUCAGUUACCAUGAUUUCCCUAAUUGAUGUGUAUCAUGUUGUUGCAGCCACUGUUCCUCUAUAUGUUGCCAUGACAUUAGCCUACAUAUCUGUGAAAUGGUGGAAGUUAUUUACACCAGAUCAAUGUGCAGGAAUCAAUAAGUUUGUGGCAAAAUUCUCAAUACCUCUGCUGUCUUUCAAGUUGAUAUCAGUUAACAAUCCUUAUAAGAUGAAUAUGAAGCUCAUUUUCUCGGAUUUUCUUCAGAAACUACUUGCCCUUUUGUUGUUGGCAGCUAUCUCAAAAUUCAGGUCAAGAGGUGGAUUGAAUUGGAUCAUCACUGCCCUUUCUCUCUCAACUCUUCCUAAUACUUUGGUCCUAGGAAUUCCUCUCUUGAAGGCCAUGUAUGGAGAUGGAGCCGCUGCUCUCCUCGCCCAGAUCGUCGUCUUGCAGAGCUUAGUUUGGUACAACUUACUCUUGUUUCUUUUCGAGCUUAGUGCAGCACGGGCAGCCUCCAUGACAGCUCCUCUAGAAACAGGGAGCUUGGAGGGAGGGGCUCAGGAACAGCAACCAAAAGAUGAAAGUGAAGAAGCACAGACCAGAACAGCAAGAAAAGUGAAGACCAGGCUCAUUCUCUGGACAGUUUGGAGGAAGCUCUUUACAAAUCCUAACACUCAUGCAACUUUAGCUGGUUUAGUCUGGGCUGGUGUACACUUCAAGUGGGGAUUAAAACUGCCCGGAAUUGUUAAUGACUCAAUAUCAAUAAUGGCGAAUGGAGGACUUGGUAUGGCAAUGUUCAGCUUAGGACUGUUCAUGGCAUCUCAAAGCAGCAUAAUAGCAUGUGGAAAACAAAUGGCAUUGGUCGCCAUGGGAAUGAAGUUCCUUGUGGGACCUAUUAUAAUGGCAGCAUCUUCGUUAGCCAUUGGACUUCGAGGGAGACUCUUGAGAGUGGCAAUAGUGCAGGCAGCUCUUCCUCAAGGAAUUGUUCCCUUUGUUUUCGCCAAAGAAUAUAAUGUUCAUCCAGAAAUACUAAGUACAGGCGUAAUUUUUGGCAUCCUGAUUUCAUUACCGAUUGAUUUGGCCUACUACUUCCUGUUAGCUCUAUGAUGUUCCAAAAGGAUCAAUGCAACAGAAGAGGAGAUAAUUGGUGAUUUCUGCAAUCUAACUUCAUGUCUGAGAAAAGGGUCGAGAAUAUGUUAUAGAUAAAACCUAUGUAUGUCCUUAUUCAAUUUACUAAAA